CCAGCUUGACGAGCUCACUGAGCAUGUGCAGCAGAUAUAAGAAGACAGCAUGCAGCUCAGGUACGGCACACAGCUUCUGUUACAGCUUCUAUCAACGAGUUUCCCUGCUGGAGCUGGACUGUGGGCUUCUGUUGACUCUUCAUGAUGGGUUUCCUCAGUGUUUCUUGGAUCUGCUUCCUGGUUUUUGGUGCUGGAGCUGCUCUCCCUCUGACUGAAGGUGACUCUGCCUGGCGCUCCAGUGGAGCCUCUCCUCGCUCUGGUUUCUCUGCGGUCCAGCAGCCUGCAGCAGCCCCACAACAGGCCCCCUCUAGUUCUGGAGCUCCCAGUCUCAGAUACCAGCCCAGUUCUGGAUCCAGCUCUGGAGGGCCCCUCAGACGUCCUGUGAGUUCAGGUUUCCCCGGUCAUGGUGUGAGGUUGUCCCAUCCUGGUGUUGGUGCAGCUGGGAGCUCCAGUGUGGGAGCCUACAGACCCAUCAGCUCUAGUUCUGCACAGCCUACUGGAGGUGCCAGCGUGGGUCUGAACCCUGCAGCCCACAGAUUCAACAUCCCCAGCUUUGCACAGCCCUCUCUGACCUCCAGCGUGGGUGUGAACCUUGACCCCUACAGCCCCAUUGUUUCUGCUGGAGACUCGGCUGCACCCUCCAGCUUGGACCGGCCCGUUCAGGCUGCUCCUGCAUCGUCCGGCCUGGAGUUUCCUGUUUACUACUUCGUGGCUCCCCCCAGCUCCAGUUUCCAUGAAGAUGAAACCCCACUGUCCUGGCCCCAGCAUCCUGCAGGAUUCUCCUUCAGCCCCAGCGGCUGGAUGCCGUCUCGUUCUUUCCCCGUCCUCGGCGUCUGGAGCUCUGAGGACGUCUCUGCUAAAGGGGUGAAGCAGGAGGCCGAGAGCGAGGAGGUGUCCCUGGUGCCGUCUUCGUCCUACAUCGUCCAGUCCAGAAACGGCUACCUGAGAGCCAGAGAAGCAGUGGCUCACCUGAGCUACGUCCCAGAGCAGGGUGAACCACAGGUGAUCUACUACGAGGUGGUCCAGAGGCCAGAGCAGCCUGCAGCUGCACCCAAGGCUCCAGUCAAAGGAGGGAAGAAACCCUGAGGAGGUAAACCCCUCUGAUGGUACAACUUUAUUAAAAACCAGGGGUUUAUCAUGGCUGACCUUACCUUUGUCUCUGCAGGUUGAACUACUGCUGACAAACGUCACUCUGGUGUUAAAAAUGCUAAUAAACAUUUUAAAAGCUA